ACCACUAUGCUUGAAAAUAUGGAGAGUGGUAUUCAGUAAUGUGUUGUAUUGGAGUUGCUCCAAACAUCUUACUAUUAUUGCCCUUCUAGUCCAUGCAACCUAUUAUGUGACUUGUUCAGCAAAUAUUUACUACUGAAAUUAUUUAGGCUUCCCAUAAUAAAGGGUUGAAUACUUUUAAAUGUAUAAUUCAUUUGUAAACAUUUCGAAAAACAUUAUUCCACUUUGAACAUUAUGGGAUCUCGUGUAGUACAAUUGCUGCAGCAAGCAUAGCUGCUCAUCUUGCCGCAUCCAUUUUUGUUAUGAACAGAAACAAACCGAAAUGAAACGUCCGCUGCCAGUGUUCGCAAAUGGAAGCUUUGUUGAACGCACCUCUGGUCUGACAAACAGCGCUGUAGCUGUGCCACUUUCUACUGCAGAUGCAGAAGGCCCUAUGUUUCUAUCUUAAACAGACAGAUUUUUAUAGGGGGUUAAUCUCAAUACAUAAAUUAGCUUCAAGACAGUUUCUUUAGUAGCUGAAUAUGUCUUCACUAGAGUGUGGUACUGCACUGUAUGUACUGAAGGCGAUCAUAGCUAUCUUGGCAGCCAUGACAUGCUAAGCUAGUGUGAUCAUGACAUGCUAAACUAGUGUGAUCAUGACAUGCUAAACUAGUGUGAUCAUGACAUGCUAAACUAGUGUGAUCAUGACAUGCUAAACUAGUGUGAUCAUGACAUGCUAAACUAGUGUGAUCAUGACAUGAUAAACUAGUGUGAUCAUGACAUGCUAAACUAGUGUGAUCAUGACAUGCUAAACUAGUGUGAUCAGGCGUUUCUGUUGGAAACGCUUAAUCUGAAAAAUGGCCGUCAUGUUUCCCAAAAUUAGAACGUCAAAAUUUUGAACGACAGACUGAUCACCUGACCAAUAUCUAUGCAUGGAUUGGAUUCCUUCACAUUUCCCACUAGAUGGCACUGCGGCUAGACUACAAGUGCAGACAGAGCGGGUGUUGCGCUACUAUCUAAUGAGCGGAAAUGGGGGUAUAAAAAAAAGCUAGCCAGUUAAGGUUUCAGAGUGUUACAACAAUGCUUUAUUGUUAUUUCUUAGUGCUUUUAAACAUUAUCCCCAAUGGGCUGAUAUGCUCUUAUUUUGGAAUGGAUCCCACAGCUGCAGUGAUUCACUUGUCCCAUAUCCUGGCUGAAUCUACUCCACUACCAGACCCAGAAUACACAUGAAAAAGGAUGAAGAACACAGACCAGGAUAGUGUUUAUUAGGCACAAAAUGGAUUGAAACAACGCUUUCCAUUGCAUACCCUAAUGAACAUGACUCAGGCUUUUGACAGCUUGGUCUUACCUUACCUGCACCGUUACCAGAUAUAUUGUGGAAUGUAGGGGGUUGGGUGCACUGGGAAAACAAAAUUAGAUCAAAUGUACUGUGUAUAAUUAUACAGGACUAAUUUUGCUGAUUAUAAACAAAUUUAAAGUAAUCUACGUCAUGUGUGUGUUGGUGGGGGGAGAUUUACAUAUACUAUUUGUGGGGGCGGGCAUGUGUCACUGCAUGGAGCCUAUUUAAGUUUUGUGUUCCUCAUCCAGUACUGCUGCAGUUACCAGGAUCUCUCUUUCUCCCUCUCCGUCACAUUCGGUCUCACUAGGUUAUUCUGUCUCACUCCAUCAGGUAAGACUCAAACUAAUAAUCACUGUGGUCAUUCUCUUGGCUAAUAACCCUUUUCAGUCUCUUGACUGAUCUCAGACCAGUUUUUCUGAGUGAAAUAGAACUUCUCUGUAGGUGAGAGGGUUGUUCUGUAUUUCAAGAGCUACAAGAUAAGGAACAGUGGCACUUUAAAGAUUAAAAAAAACAAGAAAAUAAUUAUUCUGAAUUCUGUCUUCUCUUCAUCCUUGCUGGAUGUCUACCACAGAGAUGUGUGUCGCCAGCUGCUCCAGGUGUGUGGGUGUGUCCCUUGUUCCCAUGGCAUUUGUGUGCAUGCUGGCCAAUGGCCUGUUGCUGUUGCCAGACCUUCAGGCACGCUACCUGUUGGACGGUCACGUGACCAGAGAGGCCCGGUGGGGCACAGGCCUGUGGGCCUCUGGAUUCCUGGUUCUUAUUGGAGCUCGGGGGUUUGUGAUUGGCAGCUCAAGGGAAGGAUGCUGUGCAUACAGGAUAGAGAUGCUGUGCCAAGUGGGGUGUUCCUGCGUGGCUCUGGCUGCUGCAGUCUUUUGCUGCCUAGUGAGCGCUACAGGACUGGUACAGGGACCACUGUGUCUGCACAACAGCACACAAGGUCUGGCCUGGGAGAUGCCACUCAAACCACAGAAAAGCGGAGAUCCCAUCUACCUGUUUGAUAGAACAUUAUGGCCGGCGGCCUGCGAGGAGCCACGCAAUGUUGUUCAAUGGAAUGUAGUGCUGUUUUCUGUUCUCAUGGCAACCAGUGGACUGCAGGCCGUCCUUUGUGCAGCACAUACAAUCAAUGCUAUCCUGGGCAUAAUAUUUGGGCCAAGAUUCUGCAAAAACCAGGUCAGUCCAGCUUGAGGACAUCAUCCAGGAACCUAAUUAGGAACAGGAAUGAAGGACCUCCCGAAUGAAGUACUGUAGUUACUAGAUGCUGAUCUUAGGUCAGUUUUACAUAUUUCCCCCUAAUGGAUGAGGUCAGGAUUGCGGAGGUUUAGCUGAUCCUGGAUCUAUGCUUACAGGCAGCUUCUACCACCGCUGAACAUUGGUUCUGGCCACCAGUCAGCAUUUCACGAACUAAGAAGUAGACUUGCACUUUAAAGAAAAAAUCAUAAAAUAGCAUAUAUUUAAUAUGAUUUUAUUAUGUUUUGAUAAGCUAACAGAGUAAAACAGGGAGACAAAAAAGGAAGAUUUAGAAGAGGAUAGAGGUAGAUGGGAUAGGGAGAAGCUGUUUUGGAGUUUGGAGUUUUAUAUACCUAGAUGAUACCAUUCAGACAGCGGUCUCUACACUUUGCUUGCAAGUUGGCACUCUUAUUGUUGACAGUAUGUACACGUUAUUAUAUUGCAAACAUUAUUUAUGUGUGUGUACUGCUGAACAAUUGUGAAGCUGUGAACUUAUAUAUAGUCAUUUUGUUAAUUAUAUUAAUGCCAUAGUCAUGAAGUGUGAUCAAACCUACAUCCUUUAGUGGGGUGCAGGGCCAAAGAAUGUUGGUAUGAAAGAAAUAGAGCCCGCACACUCAAGCUCAAUCACGUACCUUUAUUCAAAUCAAAACAAAUCCAAUUGUAUUGUUCACAUACACAUGGUUAGCAGAUGUUAUUGUGAGUGUAGCGAAAU